AUGUCGACAGACUCUUUUAGAGUCAUCAUCGUCGGUGGCGGACCCGUUGGCAUAGUUGCGGCGCACGCCCUUCACCACGCUGGGGUCGACUUUAUUGUCCUUGAGCAGCGAAAUAACAUCUUUGAGGAUGUUGGCGCUAGUCUUAUUGUCAGUCCGCACAACUUGAGAGUCUUCCACCAACUCGGUCUAUGGAGACAUCUUGAAGAAAUUGGCGCCCCCCUCCUACAUCAUUCGCAGGGAUUUGACCAGCGGAAGCACAAAUUCAAGCGCUCCUAUGCUUUGAGUCUUUUGCAGGACAAUCAUGGUAGCUCUCUUGUAGCAUUUCACCGCGCUCACCUGAUCAAAGUUCUCUAUGAUAACCUACCUGAUGAUGCGAAAACUCGUUAUCUUCCGGGGAAAAAGCUUGUCGACAUUGUCAUAACCUCGACGGGAACGGAUGUCACUUGUACAGAUGGGAGUGUCUACUCGGGGUCGGUUGUCAUUGGUGCAGACGGCGCUCAUUCCAAAACUCGGUCGAUAAUGCGCCGCUGUGCUCUCCAAGCCGAGUCGUCUCUCACCUCCACCUGGGAUCCCGAGUCCCCUUUCACAUCAACUUACAAGUGCCUUUGGGCAUCAUUCAAUCGCCCCUCGGAGCCAGGAGAUAGUUACGAAACACAGGGCCAGGACCGCAGUAUCAUGUAUCUAACGGGCCGUGACAAAGGCUGGAUAUUCUUGUACGAGAAGCUUGAUCAGCCAUCCAACGAUAGGCCCUUCUACGACGAAAAGGCUCUCCGCUCCUUUGGGUAUAGCUUUGCGCAUUGGCCUCUCAAUGAAAAGCUGACAGUGAAAGAUGCACUCGAAGAUCCGUCUACCAUCGUCGGCAUGACUGACCUGGAAGAGGGAAUUGCCAAGAACGUCAGUUGGAAUGGCCGUAUCAUACUUGUCGGGGACGCAUGGCACAAGUUUACCCCAAACUCUGGCUUGGGCUUUAACAAUGGAGUCCAGGAUGUGGUGUCAUUGUGUAACAGAUUACAGGCGCUGAUAUGUGCAGAGGCCAAGCCAGAUGUGGCAGCUCUUCAGACCGCCUUUGAUGAAUAUUAUGCUGAGAGACAUGAACCGCUCGAGGCGGAUUUCUUGCGCUCUGCUGGCGCGACGCGGCUAUCAACUUGGGAGACUCGAAUGGGUUAUAUUCUAGGGAGAUACUUGUAUUCGAUUGGUCAUGUUCAGCGGUAUUUAACGGGUAAAAAUGUUUCCCCAAGAAUUAGUCAAGGACUGAUCCUUAGCUAUAUAUUGGCAUCAGAACCGUUUUUGGGGAAAGUUCCUUGGAAAUAUUCUCUUAGCAGUCAAGAAGAACUCAAAGAGAGAUAA